AUGUCCACCGAACAAGUUCCACUGUCCGGAUUGCCGGCCAACACUCGCCCUGACAAGGCAAUCCGCAACAAUGGCCCCGUCGACCUUGCGUUGGAACGCUGGCGCAUCGUCGAGCUCGCGCAGGGGUGGCCCAUGUACCGCGAUGCUCGCGAGUGGGAGAACUUCCAAUCAAUCUUCCAUCCCGAGGGCGCCUACGUGUACACCACCUGGACCGGCAAGACGCACAUCGACGACUUUGUCGCAGCAAGCAAAGCCAGCAUGGAGAAUGGCGCGUUCAUCAUGCACCGCAUCCACGGCACUUCGGUCGACAUCCUCGACAACCGGGCGAUCUGCAAGAUGAAGGCUACCAUCACCCAGCGCUUCUCGUUGGACGGCGUCGAGGUAGAUGCAGAGUCGGACUGCCGCUUCUGCUUCUUCUUUGAACGCUACACUGCUGCUGACGGCACACCUAGUUGGGGUGCCAAGCUCGUCCGUCACUGGUACGAGAAGGACAAAUUGAUCGCCGUCGACCCUCGCAAGGUGCCACAGCUGGAUGAUGAGCUGCUGGCCACCUUCCCGAGCGGAUACCGCUACCUUGGUUACUGCCAGGAGAUCUCAAUGAAGGGCAAGACCGACUCGCCACUUAAGGUGAAGCGUGACAUGCCAGGUCAUCGCGGCCCCGAACACGAUGCUCUUUUGCGUGCCGCCAAAACAUGGCUCGACGGCGGUAUGCCUGACGACCUCAAGUGA